UAACCGUAGCGUGAUAUUACACAGACAGUCUAAAUUCUCAACGCGUUCCCGUUGCGGUUCCUAGCCACUGUAUAACAAGACUUCGCAGGAACAACACCGAUCGCGGCAGUUCGUGUAAAAACAUGUUACAAAUACUUACCACGUUUUUAAUGUUCUUAAUUAUGAUUGGAAUUAGAGCAUUUGAAGAAGACUACGACAUUGAAUAUUACGAUGACUUGCCGGAAAAUCAUUAUCACAAAGAGGGAAGAUCGUUUUCGUAUCCCCAGAGUCCGAUUAUAGAUUUGAUUAUGAAAACAGCGGCCCCUAAUUAUGUACCGAAAAAUUCUGGAGACAUUUUUGACUUUUUGAGAGAUUCGUAUCCGCUGCCUGGAGGACUGCACAGCCCUUAUCAUGAAUACGAUUUCGUAAUCAUAGGGGCGGGCUCAGCGGGCUCCGUUUUAGCUUCUAGACUAACAGAGGAUAAGAACACCACGGUCUUGCUUAUAGAGGCCGGGAAGCCAGAAAUGAUAUUAACUGACAUUCCAAUUAUGGCACCAUAUUUUCAAUCAACAGAAUAUGCCUGGCAGUACUACAUGGAACCCCAACCUGGAGUUUGUAAAGGUAUGAUCAACGGUCGUUGUUUUUGGCCGCGCGGGAAGGCGGUCGGGGGUAGCAGCGUCAUCAACUACAUGAUAUACACGCGGGGUAGACCACAAGACUGGGACAGGAUCGCGGCCGCAGGGAAUUAUGGAUGGUCGUACCGUGAAGUUUUGGAAUAUUACAAAAAAUCUGAAAACGCUAGACUCAAUGGUUAUGAAAAAGAUCCAACAAGGAAUCGUAAUGGGGAAAACCCUGUGGAAUUUGUACCGAUCAGGACUAAGCUCAUCAAAGCAUUUUUAGAGGCCGGUAGAAUCUUUGGACAUCCAACAAUUGAUUACAAUUCACCGCACCAAUUAGGAUUCGGUUAUGUGCAAGCUAUAACAACCAAAGGACACCGACAAAGUGCUGCGAAAGUAUUCCUGCAUAGACAGAAGAAGCGACAAAACUUACACAUCUUGCCGGACACAUACGUCACUAAAAUACUCAUAGAUGCUCGAACUAAGACAGCCUAUGGAGUCGAAUACGUACGAAACAGAUUAAAACACACUGUACUAGCACGAAAAGAAGUAAUUCUAUCAGCCGGUCCCAUAGCGUCUCCUCAGCUACUUAUGUUAUCCGGCGUGGGGCCUAAAAAACACUUAAAUUCAAUGGGCAUACCGGUUCUCAAAGAUCUGCCAGUUGGUAAAAUGCUAUACGAUCAUAUUUGUUUCCCGGGACUUAUAUUUGAACUCAACACAACCGAUGUCAGCUUGCACGAAAGCAAAAUGUUAAGAGUGCGACCUAUACUGCAGUGGUUAAAGAAUGGUGAUAGUACACUAUCAUCUCCGGGUGGCGUGGAAGGAAUCGGUUAUAUCAAAACUCCGAUCUCCAACGAUCCAGAUCCUAUACCCGAUAUUGAACUAAUCAGUAUCGGUGGAUCUAUACUGUCAGAUGGUGGGCCUGGAGGCAGUAGAGCAAUUCGAAGAGGAAUGAGAAUUAGGGAUGCAGUUAUAGAUGAGGCUUUUGGAUCAAUAGAUAGAGUCGCAAGAGAUACUUGGAGUGCUUUUAUUUUGUUGCUACACCCAGUUUCAUUUGGGGGAAUAGAGCUUAAAAAUAAAAACCCAUUUAGUCAUCCCCGGAUGUAUGGAAAUUAUUUAACUCAUUCGAAGGAUGUAGUAACAAUUAUUGCUGGGAUACGAUACGUACAGGCUAUGGCGGCAACAUUCCCUUUCCAGAAGUUUGGUGCAAAAGUACACAAAGCGUCCUAUCCAACUUGCCGACACAUACCGUUUGAUUCAGAUGAGUACUGGGAAUGCGCUAUUCGCACCCUCACUGCUACUUUGCACCACCAGAUUGCGACGUGUCGAAUGGGACCAAACAAUGAUCCAUUAGCAGUUGUAGACCCAGAACUAAGAGUAUAUGGGAUCGAAAAACUGCGGGUCGUAGAUUCAGGAGUCAUACCACGAACUAUAUCUGCUCAUACACAUGCACCCACGAUGAUGAUCGCUGAAAAAGCUGCUGAUAUGAUCAAAGCUACAUGGGCAUCAAUGCUACCUAAUUACAUUUCCUAUUCAUAAAUUAAUUCAUUUCGGGUUAUGCAUAUUUUACGAACGCGCCAAAUUAUAUUUAUUUUAUAUUAUAAGGAAAUUAAGUUUUUAAAAAAGUUACUUGGUUACCAGUCAUCUACGUUCACUUUUUAAAUAGGGAUUUUGUUUAUUAUAAUAUUUUUUAUUUGAUUAUAAAAUAUUUUAAAAUAAAUUGUACAUUAUUGAAAAUUACAAGAAUAUACUUUCAGGAAAAGCUAGUAAAAGCGUAUCAAGAAUACACGCAAAACAAAGAUAUAGAAUUUACGAGGGCGUUAGACAUAAAUAAUACAUUAAUUUAAUAUAAUAUAUUUAUAUAUAAUAAAUAAAUAAUUAGGGUAAAUCACUAAAACAGUGUAAUUAUUCGUUUAAUCCCGUUGAAUAUAAUAUGUUGCGAAUUGUAUUAGCGCCGCGAGUUAAAAAUACAUUCAAAACAAAAAUACAGAGCUUACAAUUACAUAAAUCAUAAAGGAUAUUAAUUAAGGUAAAUUGGUCAAAUGAUGUAAUAAUUAUUAAUAUCGUUCAAUCUGAUAUAUUGCGAAUUCUAGUGUCGGACGGACAUCAUUAUGAUAUUUAGAUAAGAGCAAGCCCUAAGUUUCUUGCCUUCUCAGGUGUGAAGCUGCUUUUAGAAUCAGUAGCAAAUUCUUGACGAUUUAAAAGCGCCCGGGAAGGUCUACAUAAAUACGAAAUACAUUUAGGUUUUGAAUGUUUAAGGCAUAGCAUCGUCAUUGCCAUUAACUUCUAUUAAACAAGUUCAUUUAAAAAUUAUCAAGUUAUGAUGCUGACGUGGCUCAAUUUUACCAGGAAAUACUCGUUAAUUUUCUCUUUCCUGAAUCGUUCGAUAACGAGGCUUACAGCGUGUAUGUUACUGUAAACUUUAAGGGUGGUCCCGUCCCUCAGCAGUAUGGAAUACGACGCAAGGGGGAGGGAUUGAAAAAUUAAUAAUGUGUAUAGAGUUACUACAAUAGGUAGGUAAAUAAAAGCAAAUACCAUUUUUUUAUGUAUGUACUUCACAAAUAAUAGGUUGGGGAAAAAGUUUUUCGCAUAACAAAUAGUAUGUAUGAUCUUGUAAUAAAAUCUCUUUGGUUAUACUAUUUGUAUCUGGCUGGUUUUAGUAUCAAUAAAAGUUUAAAUUGUAAAGAAGAUAAUUCCAAAUUGAAAUUAGAAAAA